AGGCUUUGACUAAAAUAUAUUAAUUGAUUUCUUAGCUGAGUAUCAACAAGAUUUCCUACACAAGCUACAGUGUUCAGUUGAGAUUCUCUUUAUAGUCAGUUCAGUCUGUUGAACAAAUAUAUUAAAAGAUUUAUGAGUUAUGAGAAAAAACUUCGUUUAUUACCAGGAUUUCAUACGCGAGAUCGCAGAGAAUAUAGGAAAACAGAUGCACAUGAGAUUUUGCUGAGAAAAAAACCGACUUAUUUUUAUUCUACAAGCACCCAAUUUUCAAGCUAUUAAUAGUACAGAAACUAUAUGCUAUGGUAAUCAAAUCUAACCGGGCUUGAGAUAUGCAAAAAGACAAAUGUUCAUCAAGUUUCAACCAGAUUGAGGCACAUCAGAACCCAUUCACAUCACCCAUUUCUAUAUCGAAUAGUCAAAUCCAAUCAAGGAGCUGCCUUUACAAAACGCCUUUGGAAAUUAAAAUACCCACUGCAAGGGUAUAACAACACAUGGAGCGCAUUGACGCUGUUGGCAAAACCUAAACAAAAACAAAAACAGUCGAAAAAAAAAAUGAAACAACAACAACAAGAAAAGGCACAUUGAACAAAAGUGAGAGUGAUUUCCAAACAGUUUUUUGCCAUCGUUUUUUUUUUCGGUUUUUUAUUUUCUGUUUUCUGUUGACGCUUUUUAUUGAAGCCACAAGGCAAACGGUUUGCAUAUCGCGACGCGGCGCAGCUUUUGGGACAUAGUUGAAAUACCUUUUCAUAUGACGCACCGCUGACCAGCCCCAAAAGCCGCCAAAACCCGCCACACUUUUAGCCAAAUGUUGUAAUCGUGUGUGUGUGUAUUUGUGUGUGUGUGUAUUUUACAGUUUCUUAACAUUAGACACACCGUUUCUGCUACUUCGCUAAAUGCUAGCCACAAAGACUUCGACAGCUGAUCAUGUUUUGGCCAAAACAACUGCCGCUCACUGUUAGCCUCUGGCUGUUGCUUUGCCUGCUGCAAUCUGAGAAUGUGAAUGGUUUUAUAGUGCCGCAGGAACUACAAUCGGCGCUCUCCCUGGUUUACUCCAAUAUACCGCCCAUUAAAAAAGGCACCGAUUCGCGUCUGGGCUUUGGCUUUCGCUUGGGCGAGCAUGCGGACUUUCAGGUGCUGCUCGAGCUGGGACCGCAAAAGAACACCCGUCCGCUCGGUGAGCCCAGCAAGGACGAUCAGUCCUUUAACAAGCGCCAGGUGAGCGCCAGCGAACAACGCGAGCAACUGCGUCAACAGCAGCUGUUGACCAGCACCGAGCGCACGGCGGCCAGCUGGCUGGAGACCUGGUCCAAGGGCAUGAAGCCGCAGCCGGCCAAGGCCAAGCUCAAGCCGGGCAACAAGCAGACCGCAAAGCUGGCGCUGCCCACGCGACCCGCCCUGGCAACGGAUGCAGUGCAGCAGCUGCAGCUGCUCUACAAAAUGGCCACAAAAGAGACGCCAUCAACGUCUACGGAGCAGCCACCUGCAGCUGAAACUCCCAAUUUGGACCCGCCGCGUGGCUUCAAGUUGCCACCGCCUGCGCUCGCACAGGACACCAACUCCUUGGGCAACAGCAAGCCCACAAAGAGCAGGGCCGAAAUCACCAAGGAGCUCAUGAAUGUCAGUCUAGAGGCUUAGCUUGUAACCUAACUCUAAAUUUUACAUAUUUAGUGUGUAAAUAUGCGGGGUUUAUCAAAAGUAUUUGUAAAUAAAUCAAGUUUUGUCAGUUCGGUUGCUGCAGAAUAUUUUAAACUAAUAAAUAACACAAAAUAUA